AUGGCUCCCCAUGCGGAGUUUGACACCGAACAGAUUAGAGAGAAAGGUCGCAAGGACAUCCUAUAUCUUCUAGAAUCAGUCCGUGGAAAGAAGAACAUUGUGAUUGAGAAGAGCCUGGCUGGUCCACUUAAUGCCUUUGUCGGAGCAUCAACCUUGCGUGACUAUGGCGCUGAUAACUUCUUCUUCCUCGAAAACAACAACACCGACUCGAGCCAGCGCAAUGUGGUCUUCAUUGCCCGGGGCGAGUCGGCCCAUCAUGCUCACACGAUAGCAGAUCAAAUAAAACGUCUACAGCACGAGAGCCAGUCUCCCCACGAAUUCCAUGUCUUCUGGGUACCCCGCCGAACGCUGGUUUCAGACAAGGUGUUGGAAGAGGCCGGCGUCUUGGGUGAUACCAACGUCGCCGAGCUACCCCUAUACUUCUUUCCGCUUGACACCGAUGUCUUGUCCCUCGAACUAGACGACUCCUUCAGAGACCUUUACCUCGCGAAGGAUCCCACACCCGUCUUUCUGCUUUCAAAGGCGUUGAUGGGCAUCCAACAGAAGCAUGGCCUCUUUCCCAGGAUCGUUGGCAAGGGCGAGAACGCCAAGAGAGUCGCUGAAUUAUUGUCCCGUAUGCGACAGGAGCUUCUCGCUGGCGAAGAAGCAGCCGAAGGAGACAAGAUCGGCCUAUCACCCAGCACCACGAACGAAAGUGUUAUCAUCAUCGACCGUGAAGUCGACUUUGUCACGCCCCUUCUGACACAACUGACCUACGAGGGCUUGAUCGACGAGGUAUUCGGUGUACAGAAUAACCAGGCCGACGUCGACUCGACGAUCAUUGGCGCACAACCGGAACCACAAGGUUCAACCACUGCCGCCGCUGCCGUCGUGAAUAGCGGGUCUUCGCGAAAGCGCAAAGUCCAACUUGACUCGUCCGACAAGCUGUUUGAGCAACUACGGGACGCCAAUUUUGCCAUUGUGGGGAGUCUUUUGAACAAGAUUGCUCGUCGUUUGAAGAGUGACUACGAGAGUAGGCAUAGCUCCAAGACGACAGCCGAGCUCAAAGAUUUUGUCUCGAAGCUCCCGGGAUACCAGGCCGAACAGAAGAGCCUCAAAAUUCAUACGGGACUGGCGGAGGAGAUCAUGAAGUAUACUCGCACGGAACACUUCAGCAAAAUGCUGGAGGUUCAGCAGAAUCUCGCAGCUGGAGCAGAUCCGUCUUCCCAGUUUGAGGCCAUCGAAGAACUAAUAGCACGCGAUGUCCCUUUGCCGCAAGUAUUGCGCCUACUCUGCGUGUACUCGUGUAUCUCGGGCGGAAUCAAGACGAAGGAAUUCGACCAUUUUCGGCGCCUUAUACUGCAAGGAUAUGGCUACCAACACAUACUCACGCUCCAUAAUCUAGAGAAGCUUCAGAUGUUCCUCUCGAGGUCGUCUCCCCUGGCAUCCAUGAUCCCCAUGACCGGGUCCGUUGGUGCGACGGGAACGAAGACUAACUACACAUACUUACGGAAGCAACUGCGGCUCAUUGUCGACGAGGUCAACGAACAGGAUCCCAACGAUAUCGCCUACGUCUACAGCGGCUACGCUCCUCUUUCAAUACGCCUCGUCCAGUGCAUCCUUCAGAAGCAAUAUUUGCUCUCCAUCACAAAGGGAGCAGCUGCCACUAACACAGCCGGACCAGCCGCAGGAGGCGCGCAAGGAUGGCGUGGGUUCGACGACGCUGUCAAGCAUGCUCGUGGUCCGACAUUUGACGAGGUGCAAAAGGGCGAGGAUAAGGCUGUUAAGGCUCGAGCGCUGUUAUCGGGCAACGACGGCCAGAAGACGGUGUUUGUCGUGUUCGUUGGCGGCAUCAGCUUCAGUGAGAUCGCGGCUCUUCGCUUCAUUGCGAAGAAAGAAGAAGGUCGGAGAAAGAUUAUCAUCUGCACGACGUCCAUUAUUAGCGGAAACAAGAUGAUGGAGGCCGCGAUCGAGAAUGGGACAUUUGGAACCGAGAGCGUGCAACAGGAGACGGAGAGUUGA